ACUAUACUGUUUGGCGGCAAAGUCGUGCCUUGUUCCUAGUGCGCGGUGUUUUCAGAUUAUUGUGCCAGUCGGUUUUAAGUUCUUGUUUUAUUUAAAGCUCCACCGACUGAGGAAGAUAUCUUAAAAGUUUUAAACGAAUAUUUGCUUGUUUCGCCAUCAUGAGAGGUCCUCAUUCCAAAGGCUCCCAAUCAUCAACAGCAGAUUCUCCACGUAGUGCAAGAGGUUCUCCCCGUAGUGUAAGAGGUUCUCCUCGUAAUGCCAGAGGCUCUCCUCGUAGUGCAAGAGGUUCUCGCUCAUCAGCAGUUGAUUCUCCACGUAGUAGCAGAAAUUCACGUGUGGGAGCCGGAGCUACAUCUCCAGGUGGAAGACGAAGUAGGUCUAAUGGUGCCCCUGACAGUUCAGAAUUAAUGCCUCUUCCAUCUUCUCCUCCUGAACUACCAAUAUGCCCCUUUUCACCAGCUGAUAGGAGUCGGAAUGUAUUCAGUGAAUUAGACUUAAGUUCACCUUUAAAUUAUGGUACACCUAGCUCUCAUGGUACAGCUCGGUCUGUUGGUCGUGGAACACCUAUCCGACAACGCCAUGAUAUUAGAAAUGAAAGAAGAAUGAGGCAGGUCAACCUUGGAAGUGAUGAGCCUGAGCCAGCUGCUGUCACAGAGCCAACUGCUAUGUCUAGUGAAUCACAUACGGGACCUCAGUUGGUUAUAUGGGGCACAGAUGUUGUCGUCAGCCAGUGCAAGGACAAGUUCAGACAGUUUAUUUCUGAAUAUGUUGACAUGAACAUAGAAGUAGAUGAGAUGAUGGAGAAUAUUGAUUUAGAUCGUCCUUAUUACAUGCAAAAGUUAGAAGAGAUAAACACCUUAGAAGAACCAUUUCUGAAUGUGAACUGUGCCCACCUCAACAGUUUUGAUGCAGAAUUAUAUCGUCAGCUCAUACAAUAUCCUCAAGAAGUGAUUCCCACUUUAGAUAUGGCUGUUAAUGAGUUAUAUUUCGAACUGUAUCCGGAAAGCCAGUUACCUCAUCAAAUCCAAGUUCGUCCAUUUAAUGCCGAAAAGACAAAGAAUUUAAGAAAUCUGGGACCAGAAGAUAUUGAUCAGCUAGUCACUAUAAGUGGUAUGGUAAUCAGGACGUCAAAUCUUAUUCCUGAGAUGCGAGAAGCAUUUUUUACAUGUAGUCUGUGCCAUGAAACAACUGCUGUUGAAUUAGAUCGUGGACGUAUAGCUGAGCCAACAGUAUGUACAAAUUGCAAUACAGGAUAUUCCUUCAGUUUGAGUCAUAAUCGUUCACAGUUCACAGAUAAGCAAAUGAUUAAAUUGCAAGAAUCACCAGAUGAUAUGCCACCUGGUCAAACUCCUCAUACUGUUAUAUUGUACGCUCAUAAUGAUCUGGUAGAUUCUGUACAACCCGGUGAUAGAAUAACAGUAACUGGUAUUUAUCGAGCUAUGGCUGCCCGAAUAAAUCCAAGACAGAGAAAUUUGAAAGCAGUAUACAGAACACAUGUUGAUGUGGUUCAUUUUCGUAAAGUUGAUACCAAAAGACUGUAUGAAGAUAUUGAAGAAGGGGUAGAUAUUCGCUAUACACCUGAAAGAAUAGAAAAGCUGAAGGAGCUGUCAAAGUUACCAGACAUAUAUGAACGGCUUGCAAGAGCUUUAGCUCCAAGCAUAUAUGAAAAUGAAGAUAUUAAAAAGGGCAUAUUGCUGCAACUUUUUGGAGGUACAAAAAAGGACUUUACAAAUAAAGGAAAGGGAAAGUUCAGAGCUGAAAUAAAUAUAUUACUUUGUGGUGACCCUGGAACCAGUAAAUCGCAGUUGCUACAAUAUGUAUAUAAUCUUGUACCUCGUGGGCAGUAUACAUCUGGAAAAGGAUCGAGUGCUGUAGGAUUGACUGCAUACGUUACUCGCGAUCCUGAAACACGGCAGCUUGUGUUGCAAACAGGAGCUUUGGUUUUGAGUGACAAUGGAAUUUGUUGUAUUGAUGAAUUUGAUAAAAUGAGUGACAGUACUCGAUCAAUUCUGCAUGAAGUAAUGGAGCAGCAAACACUAUCAAUUGCCAAAGCUGGUAUCAUAUGUCAGCUCAAUGCUCGCACAUCAAUUUUAGCUGCAGCAAACCCAGUGGAAUCACAAUGGAAUAAAAAUAAAACAAUUAUAGAAAAUAUACAGUUGCCUCAUACAUUACUUUCCAGGUUUGAUCUUAUAUUUUUGAUCCUGGAUCCACAAGAUGAAGUAUACGAUCGAAGAUUAGCUCGUCAUUUAGUGUCUUUGUAUUAUAGAAGUCCUGAUGAAGAACAAGAAGAACUUCUGGACCUGAGCCUUUUAAAAGACUACAUUGCAUAUGCUCGUACUUAUAUUCAUCCCAAGCUGAGUGAGGAAGCCUCUCAGGCAUUAAUACAUGCUUACGUGGAAAUGCGUAAAAUUGGUGCAGGACGUGGGCAAGUAUCUGCUUAUCCCAGACAAUUGGAAUCAUUGAUACGUCUUGCUGAAGCACAUGCUAAAGUACGCUUUUCCAGUGUUGUUGAUUUAGUUGAUGUUGAAGAAGCUAAAAGAUUGCACCGAGAAGCUUUGAAACAAUCUGCAACUGAUCCAUCCUCGGGAAAAAUUGACAUAUCCAUCCUAACCACUGGAAUGAGUAGUACUGCUCGCAGGCGUAGAAUACAAAUUGGUCAGAAUCUCAGAAAAAUGUUGCAAACUAAAGGCAAAACUACUAAAACAUUUAACUAUGCCAAAGUAUUUGAAGAAUUGAAAACUCAGUCUGAUAUCAUGAUUACCAGGGAUAUGUUUGAAGAAGUGCUUAAAGAUCUUCAAGAUGAUGAAUUUAUAGUUGUUACUGGAAAGAGUACUAUUCGACUGUGCACAUAAAUUGAAAAAUGACUAUCAAGCUCUGUAACCUAAACCUGUUAAAAAGAUAUUUAGUUCUGUAUACAUUUAAUUCUUUUUCUUUAGUUGUCAUAAUUCUGUGAAAUAUGUAUAUUAUGUGUUUUUUAAAGCAAAAAAUAAACUACUUGUAAAUGA